UGUAGAGCACAAAAUGUAAUGUACCUAUUCAAAAUUAAUAAGAUGAAAUCAGUUGAAUAUUUUGCAACGAAGAAAAAUCCUUAAAAGCAUCCAAUUGAAUUUAUUCAUUUCUUUACAAUUGUAAUUUACAGCAUAGCACAAUGGACGGGCCGUCAGCAAAGAAAUCUACUUCUUUCGAGACUCUUGUUAUACAAAACAUAAAUAAUGUGAACGAUUUAAAGGCAAAAUUAAACGAAAUUAUUGCUGCCGGUAAAAACUACGAAUUCGAUGUUUCAUCAUGUUUGAAAUCCUUAUUAAAGAGUAAGGACGAAUCUAUCGUAUUAUUGAGUGUUCAGGCUGUAUCAGAGGUUGCGAAAUGUGAGGAUAAACGUGAAACGUACGCACAAAAAGAAAUUAUCGAACCAAUACUUAGUAUUUUAACCAAAGAGUUGUGUAUCGCUAAGUUCGAACUCACGAAGCAAUGCCUUCGAGCACUAGGUAAUUUAUGCUGUGACUGUGAUGUUUCAAGGAAAAUCAUGCUUGAAAACAAUGGAGUACAAAUAUUGAAUAACUUAUUGACCAAUACUUUAAAAGUGACUGAAUUUGACGAGAUCCAAAUACUCAUUUGUAAGACACUGUUGAACUAUGCAAUCGGAGGGCAGGAAUUCUCAGAUUCUUUGGACAAGUGUGGAGUUGUAGAAAAUUGCAAAAAUGUAUUGAUAGCUGAACUAAAGAAAGAUGAUAUGAAUGACGAUCUUGUUUCUACAGUUCUUUUAAUACUGAGUGUGAUAAAUGAUAAUGCACCUGAAUUCCUGUAUAGCGAUGAAAUAAAUGUGGCCGUGUUGAAAGUGCUGAAGGAAACCACAAAUGUGGAAUUGUCAGAGCUCUGUCUAGAACACUUGCAUUCACAAGUGCGGGAACAUGACACAGUAAAAACCUUACUAGCCAAAGAAGGUGGUGCACAACUAGUGUGUGUGCGUCUCAACCAUUUAUUACAAAGACAUGAGGCAGGAGAGCUGAGCGCUGAUGACUCACAGGUGGAAGGGAUAGUGAAACAAGCAUGCUAUUUGGUUAUACUAAUAUUGACUGGAGAUGAAGCAAUGCCCAUUCUUUACAAAGAUGGUGUGGGUGAAGUGUAUUUAACAAUGGUAAAAUGGCUGGAUUCACCAAACCAUCAUUUACUAGGAACGGCAUUACUUGCUAUCGGUAACUUUGCAAGGCAAGACGAUUAUUGCAUACAAAUGAUGAACGAUAAGAUAUUUGAUAAGCUGUUGGAUAUUUUCGAAGUGUACCACAACCUAAGUAUAAAACAAAACUCUGGUGAGACAAUCCCCUUAGAGAAGUCCACCCUUAACCAGAUACAACACGCCUCUCUCUCCGCUAUAAGGAACUUGAGUGUCCCAGUGGCUAAUAAGAGAGUGUCUGCGGUGCAAGGCAGGGCCGCGCCCUUGUUGAUAAAGUGCUUGCCGAAUGUGGAUGAUCAUCAUGUUGCGUAUAAACUCUUAGCAGCUUUGAGAAUGUUGGUCGAUGGACAGGAGGGCGUAGCGCGCUUGGUGUCCAGCAACAAAGCUGCGCUCGGCGCGAUAUCGCGCUGGGGCAGCGCGGGCGAGCACGCGGGCGCCGCGGGCGAGGCGCCGCGCCUGCUCGCCUGGACCGUGCGCCACGUGGCCAGCGAGCGGCACGGGGACAUGCUGCAGGUUGAAGGAUGCAUACUCAAUCUAGUGAACAUGCUGAUAGCCCCGCACUCGGUUAUGCAAAAUGAAGCUAUCCUGGCCCUAACGCUACUCGCUAUAGAAAUCCUCAACUACAAACAUACAGACGAAUACGAAAAGAACUUUAUCACCCACUUAAUAGAGUCGGAAAUCGGCAAGCACUUGUCCGUUCUAAUCGAGACUAAUUGCGCUAAAAUGCCGGUAGAGGUCGCUGAGAAUUUGCUUGCGUUUUUGGAUGUCACGUCAAAAUGUGAAACUAUCUUACGCGAUUAUAAUAAAACGAAAGUACAUAACGGGUUGCAAAAGUUGGUCGAUACUAGAAAAGAUUUUAGCGAAGAAUUGAGAACGUGUGCUUUUGAUAUUAUUAAAAAGAUAUCUGAAGGGAGUGAAUGAUUACAAAAAAGUCAUUAACUUGGGUCUAUUGGAACCUAAGUACAUAAAAUUUGUUAUGAAGCCUUUAGCUUCUUUGUGACUGUUGUCACUUUUCUUAUUAACGUAAUGUGUGUUUCAUCCCAAAAUGCACUGGAGAUAAAAUUCCUCUUUUAAAUAUUUUUACAAGCACUAUUUCAAGAGUGUUAUUUAUUAAUUUUUUUGGCAAUCUUUGAUAACAUACUUAGUAAAAAAAAAAAUUAUUCAACAUUUUUCGAAGCAACUAAACUUAUCCUAAUCUUUUUUAAUCCUUCUAUUUCAUAGACUGUACUUUUUAACAAUUUUACUACAUGUUAGAAAUUAGAGGAAUAAAUAAAACAUCGCACAAAGCAUGCUUGGUUGUCGAAAGAGUCUGUUGAUGCCAAAAAUAUUGAUAAUAUGUCUAGGUACUCUUAUUGAUGGAAUUGACUCGCUGUUCAUAUUUAUUAGACGUUACUAGAAGAUGUUAACUAUUUAAUAUUGUCAUAGAAUAAUAUAGAUCUAAAAUUUAUUUAUUUAUCUUAAAGUAUUUUUGUUUGCAGAAUUUUUUUAUUCAUCAUUUUUUUUUUAAUUUCAUAUUUUUCGAAUUUGUAUAUUUUGAAGUAUUAAAGUAAUCCUAAUAGGACUAAUUUUGGUGAUUUAUAUCCAAUCAUAUUUUCGUCACUGCAUUUUACGUGGCUUUUGUAUUCAAUGUAUUUUUAAAGACAUUUCUUUGUACUUUUUUUUUAAUUACAAUAAAUGUAAUAAAAUUAUUCACUUCGAGCAAUACUGAUGAAAUACUCCAAGUACAACAUAAGAUAUAAUUAUAUAAUAGUAAUUUUAUCAUGUACUAAUAGUAGUUUUAUAUACGUAUUUGUUUUUGUGAUUUCGUAUUUAAUUCUUAGCGUAUAAAGUUCAAUUUUGCUUACUUAAUCUUAUAAGAUAGUCUAGUUCAUAAUUGUUAUGAAUCCCAUAGUGCACUUAUUAAAGCACCGUUUCCGUAUCUAGCACAAAUUUAAGAAUAAGGUGCUUUUGUUACUUAUAUGAUAUGAACCCAAUUUUAUUAUAUGUAUAAGAAUUGUGGUAGUAUUUAAAAUUAAU